CGGUUGCAAAGCGGGUUUGCAGAGUGAGGAUCCCACUCAAGUUCAAGAGCUUUUCCACCUUUGAAGCUAUUCUCCAUUAAAGAAGAAAAUGUCAACCACAUGGCCUGGAACUAUUCGAGGAACUAUCUGUGAUUACACUUGCUUCAACCCAGGCAAAGAUGCUGAUCUUCUUCGUAAAGCUCUGGUAGGAUUAGGAACCGAUGAGCAAGCAAUCAUUGACAUCCUGACACACAGAUCCAAUGCUCAACGCCAACAGAUUGCUAAAGAAUAUAAAAGUACCUGUGGAAAUGAACUAAUCGCUGACUUACAAAAUGACCUCUCUGGUGAUUUUAGACAGGCAAUCACUGCUCUGAUGGAGUACCCAGCAGUGUAUGAUGCAAAAGUACUGAGAAAAGCGAUUCAGGGAGCUGGUACAGAUGAAGGUUUGCUAACUGAAAUUCUUGUUUCAAGAAACAACCAACAGAUAAGAGAAAUAAAGGAAGCCUACCAAGCAGAAUAUAAAGAUGACUUGGUAAAGGAUAUUGCCUCAGACGUUUCAGGGGAUUUUAAAAGAGCUGUGAUCACCUUGCUAGAGGCUAGAAGGGAUGAAAACUGUCCAGUUGUGGAUGAAAAGCUGGUUAGGAAUGAUGCACAGGCUCUUCACAAGGCUGGUGAGAAGCAGUUAGGGACAGAUGAAGACAAGUUCAUUGACAUUUUGUGCUCCAGGAGCAUUCCUCAUCUACAAGCCACUUUUGAAACAUACAAGAUCAUAAGUAACAAAGAUCUGGAGGAGAGUAUUAAGAGUGAGAUGUCUGGGGAUCUGAGAAACUUCAUGCUAACUAUGGUUCAGUAUGCAAAGUCUGCACCAACCUUCUUUGCUAACAAAAUUGUGAAAAGUGUAAAGGGUCUGGGCACCGAUGAGAAUACCCUGACCAGAAUCCUUGUCACCAGGUCAGAGAUGGACCUGCUGGAUAUUCAAGAUCAGUACAAGCUGUUAGCUGGCUGCUCAAUGUCCUCCACUAUUAAGAGUGAAACUUCUGGAGACUACAAGAAGCUUUUGCUUAAAAUCUGCGGAUCAGAGAAUUAAACAGUCAGCAAAUAGCAGAUAACGGUGUGGCUUGGAUUUCAACGUAGAGAAUAGAUUGGCUUUUGUUUGAAUUGUUUAGUUAGAGUACAAGACAUAGUGUUUUAAAUGUCUUGUAAUUAUCUACUGUUUUACUGGUUAAUUGUAAUUGCAUCACUGUAGAGGACUCAUAGGACUGAUGCUGACCGUCAGAGAAUGAUAUUGUUGGGAGAAUUCUGCUUGUUUCAGAAUAAACCUGGAUCAGAUAAUGUAAAGAACUCUGUUAAACCUAGCUUGGAUAAUUUAUUUCAGUUUUGGUUCAUUUUCACUUGUCCUU